AUGUCCAGGCCUCUCGUAGCAUUGGUGCGUGUAAAGAAACGUGACGGCCGCGCCGAGUUCUCGCUCAAGGGACUGAGAUGGGAAGAAGAUGCAUCACCUGAGACUGCUGUGGGUAAGCACGCACCCAUUGUCGUCCCGUGGAGCACCGUACAGGAUCAGCAGGUAUCGUCGCUCACGAGUCCCAAGGCCAUGAUCCGUUUACGGCUCGCACAUAAUUCGACGCUCGUGUUGGAGUUUGUAGCAGAAUCUGGUAGUCUAGAAGAAGCCUUUGAGGUGCGUGAGCAAGCCAAGGACUUCAUUGCCCGCCGUCUGCGUGAGAAUGGCGCUCGGGGGACGCGCUCCAAUGCCGCGGCGUUGUGCAACCCCACGGAGAUUAAGCAUCGAGCGGCACUGCUGGCUGCCAAUCCAGCACUGAAACGACAACAUAUUGAGAUGGUGAAUGAUGGUCUCAUCUCUGAAGAGGAUUUCUGGGCGAGCCGCCGUCAUUUAAUUGCUGGAGAAGCCAGUAAACGACAGAAAACUGGCAAGACGUCGGCGAUUCUGACGGACUUGGCAGCAGAUAAUGAUGCAGCGGGUAAUGUGGUCAAGUAUAACCUGAACGCAGAGGUAAUUCAUCAGAUCUUCAUUCAGUAUCCGGCCGUGUACAUGGCGUACCAGGGUCAAGUACCCGACAAGAUGACGGAGACGGAAUUCUGGGGAGCCUUUUUCAAGUCGAAAUACUUUCAUCGAGACAGAAAAGCUGGACAUGAAGAUAUGUUCACUACAUAUGAGGAGAAAGAGAAAGAAGAGUCCAAGGGUGUUAGCGUGGAUCCACGUGGUAUUGUGGAUCCAUUGAUUGAUCUCACGAUGACGGAGGAAGAUGCAGCCGUGCAUCAUACGAAAAGACAGACGACGGAGAAGGAGAACCCGUUCAGCAUUACGAUUGCUAAGUUUAACAGACAUGGUGCCUAUGUGCUAGACCCAGCCCAUGCAGGGAAACUACUACCACAAAAGGCAGGGAGAGGAAAGAAUGCACAGCAGACCCUGCCCCAGAAAAAGAAGCCCAAAGCAGGUUACCACGAUAGUUUGGAGGAAGCGACGCUGCUAGAUGAUUUACACGAUCAGGACCCUCCACCGUACAACCCGCUUACGUUGGAAGAUGAGUCACGCUACUUCCAGCACGCAGAAAAGGGCACUGCUGAUGGCAAUACAACACGCCAGCUGCCUCUAUCUGACGCAGCACAGAUGUUUCAAGCAACGUGCAAAGCGCCCAUCAAGCUGGAGAACGCGUAUCCGAACUCAAAAACAUGCUUUAACGUGCUCGCUGAAGUCGUGGCGUGCUCGGACUCCACAAGCGAUUCAGCUUCAGCCUCGUCUGCGGCGAACCUUACGAGUGGCAAAUUGGCUGCAGAUUACAUCCCGAACGAGUUCAAGAAGCAGGUGUACAAUCAAUUCCACGACGUGUGCGAGCUGCUACGACACUUUCUCUCGUUCAAGGCCAAGGUAGCAGAAGGUGGCGGUCCUGAAGCCCAGCGCAAGCUUAAUAAGAUUGUGGAGAAGAUGGGGUCCAAAUACGACGAGCUGGUGAAGCUGCGCGAGUCAUUGCCACCACAUGAAAAAAACCUUCUCGCUCCACUGCUUAAGCCAUUCGAUGACCAGCUCAACCUGGCAUUUAUUUAA